AUGGCUCUCAACUUCGAACACACAAGACAACUUUGCAGAUUUAUAAUUCUUCUGUCUACGUUAAUACUCUAUAUGUGCAUUUGUGCUGCAAUUUACAGCUUGCUGGAGAAAGAAAACGAUCGAACACAGUAUAAUCUCUAUCAGGGGUUAAAGAAAAGCUACAAGCGAAAGUAUAAUUUGAGUGAAGAUGAAUUCAUAAAGUUUGUCAAGGAUGCGAGCAUAAUGUACAAGAGAGGGUAUAUGGGCGAGUACAGGGACUACUGGAAUUUUUACCAUUCGUUCUGGUUUACAAUCACGGUAGUCACUACGAUAGGUAGGCCUCGGUUUCACAUAUUAUCCAGUUAUAUACUGAUUAUCGUACUUGUAGUUGGGUACAUUUGAAAACGGAUCGACCCAGAAUGUGAGGUAGAUGUGCAUUCAUGCUGAAUUGAUUUUUUAAUUUGGAGAAGGGGGAGAUUUGUUUCCUUUUUUGGAAACUUUGCAUUUUGCUAGUACCUUUAAAUUUUCAGUUUUGCAGAAAUGUCGGAAAUAAUUAAAAAAUAGGGCAAAUUUCGUGGCAAUGAAUAACUACCGUACGACAAAUUUAAUUUUUUGCAAAUUGCCAAACAAAAUUGUAGCGUUUAAGCGCGUAAGGUUAACAACGAAAAAGACGAUGUUCUUGGGAUUUCCGCGUUUCUUCGGCUCAAAUAAUUGCUCUUUUCUGCUUGUUACAAAUGCUUUUCAUUCUCAGUGUUCUCUUCAAUAUCGGAUCAUUUUUUCUUUCAAGUGUAAAAUAAAAACACAGACUAAUGUGACAUGAUUGGUUCUCUUCGCUUUGAAAAUAUUCACCAAUUUAUCGGUGACAUCUGUCUCCAAGAUAAGUAAACGUAACAUUUUCCCUAUAUCUUCGGUUUACUUUUGACAUUAAAAAUUCUAGUGUGUAACAGUCGUCUUCCGUUUGAAGACGCGCUGGACUCAUCAUAGAAAAAGACCGAGAUAUUUCGAAGGCCGAUAUAUCUGUAUAUCAUCAUUUCGGGAAGAACAAAGAGGUUUUGGUUUUAUGCUUUAAAUGCAAAGUGACUCGCAAUUGUCUCUGUUGUCUCGCAAUAAAAAAAAUUUUGUCGAUAAGCUUCUUGUGCAAUACGUCCAAUACGGCGGCCAUACAUAAACUAUUUAGCACCUUUAAGAUAAAAGAAUGAUUUAAUAUUUUAAUACCAAAAAUGGAAAAUGAUUAUGAUGAAUGGUCAUUUUGCUCCGUCAUACAUCUUUUAAAUAUGACAGGUUAAAGAGAGAGAUAAGGUUGCUUUAGAAACCAGCCCGAUAUGAAGAUCAUAACGACUCAGUUAUUAAAGGCCCAUAAUCAGCCUAGAUGCAUUGCGCGCCCUGUACUCCAGAAAAAAAAAACACAUUUCGCGUAGUUGAAAAUCACUGCCUUCAGUGUGUAGAGUCAAUCUUUGUUAAUCUUCCACAGUUCGCUAAAUCUGGUUUAAAAGAAAGUCUAAACAGGUUCUUUUGGUAUUUUCUUUACAUCUUUUUAGAUAUUUUGGUCCGGUAUCGAACCUUUUUGUUUUUGCGAGUCCCGGGGGGGGGGGGCACUUGGGUAUUUUUUGGGUGGGUACGUGCCGCCCGGGACUCCAAAUUGGCACCCCGUUUUAAAAAAAAUUUCCCCUAAAACUGAUACCCCGUUCUAGAAAUGGGCCAAUUUUUUAUACCCCGUUCUAGAAUUCGCCCUAAAACUGAUACCCCGUUCUAGAAAUGGGCCAAUUUUUUAUACUCUGUUUUAGGAUGCAACAAGAGUACAACAGUUUACUUGUUAACUCAUUGAACCGUAUUUUUAAAAGCAAUCUGUCCUUGAAUAAUUAUAAUUUUAAAUGGCUGCUUACAAAACCGGAGCUUUCGUGCGUUCGAAAUAUUAUACCCCGUUCUAGAAAACGCCUCUGAAAUGGAUACCCCGUUCUACGACCCCGUUGGGCGGCACAUAACCGUAUAGGUAAUGUAUGGGAGUACCCCCCCGGGCUGUGAGUGUUUGUUUCACCGUCGACGGGGGUCGCCGAACUACAUUCGUCUCCGUGAAUCCGUUUCUUUAAUCUCUGGAGAGAUGGGAAAGAAGCUCUUGGCUGCAAAUUCUACAGUCAGCGUGUUGCCGAGUUCCUUCUACAUCGAAUGUUCACUUGUAAACAAAGGUCCCGUUGAAAUCAGUUGAAAGCAAAACAAGCGAGUCAAUCUAAAUUGAACAAUGCUUUAUUUAAUUUAACCUAUGAAGCGAGUGAUAUCCUUAACGUAAACUUAUCGUCUGGCGUUUCGCUCCAAAGUAGCGAGAACUAUUAUUAGCAAACCUAUCCUUAGCGGCGUUGCUAAAACGAGGGUAAGGGUAACACCAAGGGUAAGGGUGAGGGUAAGGGCGGAGAUGAGGGUGGGGGUGAGGGUAAGGGUAAGGGUGACUGUUAAGAAGGCAUAUUGUCAUUACUGUAACUCCCUGUCAUAAAGCAUCAUCUGGCAUAUUGUUGGAAAGCGGUGCUCUUUAAAAUGAAAGGCUGGUACAGGGCUGUUCUAAUUUCAAGGUUUGGCUAGCUUUUGCGUUUCUGUUGCAGUUAAGUAUUCCCAACAACGUGACCGCAAAUUAAUUUUUUGCUCUUGAAAGGCUUGAAUAAAGGCAUGGAUUAAUAGUCUUUGAUCGUUCUCUGUACACUAAGGGACUGUUUAUAUGGGGAUGUGGGACCCUGGGUUGGCGAGGUGAUCCGCAAAAGGGUUAAAAAGCAAACCACCUUUUCAUGCAAUCUUAGAACGUCCACAAUCCCUCAUGUUACAAAAAAUAUGCCGACAAUCUUUCAGAUAUGUUACAUUUGGAGACGAGCAAACUGUACAUCUAACACUUUCCCUUAAAAAAAGCAAAUGUAUGGUCUUCAAACCGCGCCAAGUCCAAGUCCAAUUGUAAAAUUCAAGGAAAUAUAAAGUAUGAAGAAAACAAUUUUUUUUUUUUUGGGGGGGGGGGAGAAAUUUUGGAUGAAAAUCUAAAUUGGAAUUCCCACAACAAUUCUCACCCUUACCCUUACCCUCAUCCCCGCCCUUACCCCUUACCCUUACCCUCACCCCCACCCUCACUCCCACAAUUACCCUUGGUGUUACCCUUACCCUCGUUUUAGCAACGCCGUAUCCUUAGCAAAACCUAAAGAGAGUGUAACACAGCGAUUACAGCGACAAGACUGUACCGUGUACGCAGUGCUUCUUUCGAGAACACAUACCUAAUCUUCCCGCUAAGAAUUAACACAAAAUAAUAGAUUCAGGAAUCAAAACAUUUCACAGUCGAAUCGGGCUUCAGGAAAAUCUCACCUGGUGCUUAGACGUUUCGUAAUGUUAUGACCUUCAUUAUGUUCAUCGGACUUAACAAAGCAUCCACACGCAUUCACUACCAGUUUAAAUUUUGAACUCCUUUCUCCGGUGACAUUUAACGAAGUCAGCGAUACAUCUUCCUCGAUUUGGAAAAGAAUUAAAGUCUUACUGGCUUCUUUAAUACUGUCUCUUUAAGCUUCGGUCAAGCGUGAAAAAAGCUAGUCUCCCUCGAAGUCGUUUUUAGUAUCGUCAAGCAACGCUCCUCAAAAGUGGAAGCCAAUCAAAACACUGCAUUUGACAAAAGAAUCGUUCCAAAACAAAAACACAAGCGCGCGAAGCCGUUUCGGUGGACAUGGGCCUUUAAAACAGUUGUUUCGAAUAAGGUUGUCAGGGUGCAUGCGUCUUACAUUUGGCGAUAACUUGUUCUCGCUAAAACUAGUGAUAGAUUGACGACGACUAGGUUUUCCCGCCAAAAUGACGCUGGUUCACGCGUCAGCAACACUCAGCGAAAAAUUUCGUUCUCGUAGUCGUUCUCUUCUCCGUAGCCUGUUCCAAGCGUUCAGAUAGUGGAGAGCGAUGCGAAGUAAAGAAAGCGAUGAAAAGUAGAGGGGGACUGGGGAGAGGUGCGGGAACGCUUUUAGAAUACUUAACAAAAGUGCGGUAUACCAGAUCCUGGUAUACCCUCUGAUUGGUUGAUUUUGACAGUUUUUGUCAACAGUGGAGCGUCUUCGAUCACAAAGAGAAAUGCGAUAUGGCGGUGAUGACAGACUCUACGUCCCGUCUAGCCUGCGAAAACAUCCGUUUCUCCUCGCUCUUCGCCGCCGGGGACGUUUCGCGAAACGUCCCCAGCGGCGAAGAGCGAGGAGAAACGGAUGUUUUCGCAGGCUACGUCCCGUCACGCAGAAUUCAAACUCGCAACAAACACAGCGCUGAGUGACUUUCCAAACGUGGAGGCUAAACGCGAAGAGAAAAGAAACUGUUUAAAACAUGUAGUCGGCAGGAUAGAUGUCUUCGCAAUUUAACCGACUGGCUUUGGGAAAAGUCUUAUUUUCCAGCUGUUUCCUCGAAUAAAACGUGCGUUGGAAUGAAGGCAGGAUAGAACGCCAUUUACGAUUGUCGGGGUAACUCCGUUGAUUGCCAUCAUAUCAUGAAAGACCAAGUGGAACAUUUCCCCUCUCCCCCUCCCUCACUUUUAUUUUUUCGCGCUCCUUUUAACUUCGCACCGCUCCCCACUAUCUGAACGCCUGGAACAGGCUAUCUUCUCCGAAUCUAAAGAGUUCUCUAGUAAUUAGUGCCUUUGCCCGUAGACAAAAUGCUCCUGUAGCGUUGUGAGGAAGAUAUCAAACAAGGGGGAAGUAACCAUAAUAAUGGUUCUGGUGAUUUUUGCAUACCGUAUUGAACAGCAAAAUAAGGUUCAUUUUUUCAAAGAUUUUGCCACCCAGACGACUGGAAACAGUUUCAAUUCCUAAACAUAGACAUGAACUCUUGAAACUAAAGUAGCCAAUUUUUGAUAUACUGUACUUACUAUCUGUCGUUUUUUGGUUAUAAAUAGCCUUCAGUAAAUUUUGGAAAUCAGCGCAACCUACAGAUUAGUUAAUCAGUGUCUUAGCUAUAUCUGCCAGCAGAUACUUGACUAGUCUGUAAAUUGCGUGAGCAAUGGAUGAUUACCAAUAUUGUGCGCAUUGCGCAUUAGUCAGUUAUCUGUUAACAAAUUACUUAAUAAGGUUGCCUUGAUUUUCAAAAAUUUACUGUAGGUUCUUAGCCAGUGAGAGGACAGAUAUAGUGUGUAUAAUUUAGAAUAAAACAUAAAGUAAACAUAUAAAAUAAACAGCUGGUCGACCGGUCUUUAAGUCUGUGGUAUUACAUUUUACGAUUGGAUUCUGAAAAUCAAACGCUUUGUGUUUUAACGUUUCUUUACAGGAUUUGGACAUAUCGCCCCCGUGACAUUUGCUGGCCGACUUUUCUGUAUUUUAUGUGCCUUGAUUGGAAUCCCUUUAAAUUUAGGUGUACUAAAAACCGUCGGUGAACGAAUUACAAAGUACAUCCGCAGCACUGUCAAACACAUCGAGAAGAAGCACUUAAAAAGAAGACGUCCAAACCGUGUUGGAGUUAAAGUCGCUGGAGUGGCAUUCAUUAUGAUGGUGAUAGUUCUGCUGGUGGGCGGGGCAUCAGACAUGGUGUUCGAUGGAUGGACAUUUUUUGACGGAGUCUACUUCAACUUCAUCACAUACAGUACAAUCGGUUUUGGGGAUUUAUUUCCGCGAGUGGAAAAAGCCUCAAAACUGGAUGAGCUUGGUUUUGGUGAAAACGGAAAGCGUCUAUUCGUUUCAUGUAUCAUGCUGAUUUUUAUGAUCAUAGGAUUGUCUGUUACGUCAACAGUGAUAUGUUCGAUUUUGCAAGCAGUUGAAGAAAUGUCGCACGUCCCCGCAACCUGGACAAGUGUCAAGAGUUCGGCCAUCUUCAGCCGAGACGAUUCUGUUAAGUUAGAAAGUAUAAAAGAGGAAACGGAUGGAGAAACGAUGCAAAGUUGGACAGACGAAAUAAAAUGUAACGAUACGAAUUAA